UCAGGUUGUCCAGUUUUGAAUUCUUUGGAUCUGAGUCAUUGUUGGGGAUUCACUUGCUUGGAGACCAACUCUAAAAAUUUCUGUCAGCUGCGGGUGUAUGAAAAUGAAAACGAAGGAUAUCAAGGAAGUCAAGCUCUCUUGCAAAUUUCAUCACUCUAUAUAAAACAGUUAAAUCUCCGGUUGUCUCCUAUACGAAGACAGUUGAAGCUAAAAAACAUUGCAUCCCUUGUUAGUGCUAGUUUUAAUUAUUGUGAUCCAUUUAGGCAUUUAACCGCUGACGAUGUGAGUAAUGCGAAGGAAGUUUUUGAAAAGAUUGAGCAUGUCAAGGAGCUUGAUUUGGGGCCUGGACCUGUUAAGGCUCUAGCUGGGUUGGUGCUUACUGGUUGGCUAUUUCCAAAAUAUAAGCUAAGGUGGUUGAAAAUGGAAUUGUUACGUAAUGCUUCAAAAUCCAUACCUGGCAUCUUGGGUCUGCUGGAAUCUUCACCAGACAUUGAGACAUUGGUCAUAAGUGCUCAAGUCCCCUUUAGAUUGGACCAUGACUGGGCCCCACCUGCAAAGGAUAAUUUGGUUUGUGACUUAUUGCGCUUGAAGACGAUCAAAUUCAUUAGCUUGGUAGAUCCACAACUUGAUGGUGAACCAUUGCUCACUUUGGCCCGAAUCCUUCUUAAGAGGACACCAGUAUUAGAAGAGAUGAGCGUAUAUAUCGAUUGGGAACACAUAGAUAACUAUGUCAAGAUAGAACAAACCUUGCUCAGUUACCCUAGAUCCUCACCAAAGGCUGUCAUCCAUCUAUUAAAUUGUUGACUUUUAUGUGUUUAAUUUCUCUAUGUAAAGCAUUUAGUAUUCUCUGCCUGUUUUUUCUAUUUUGCCUAACUUGCUACUAGUUGACUUUCAGUAUUUGUGGUAGAAGAUUAUUAAUGGGCAUGUAAAAACAAACCUUUCCGUGCUGAAUAUCUUGGCACCUUUUGCUUGGUACCAUUU